GGCUGUGCGUUUCCGGAACUCUCGAAUUUGAUUUUGUAUUCCUGGAGGGGACCGACAGCGUCGUUGCUCCUCAAGAAACUGAUGAAAGAAAUCUCAACCUGUAUGUAACAGAAAAUGUAUUGACAAUUGAAUGCAAAUGAAUUGACCAUUUAAUGCAAAUUAUUCAAGAAAUUUGACGUAGCGAAUGCGAAAGCAGGUGGGUAACGUCCCUGUUACAGGUGUAAAAAAAAAGACAUGUGUAGAGGUGACCUGUGUGUGGUGAGGAUGCCUAGGUAAUGCCUCCGGGUGACAGAGGGACACCAUGUCUGACAAAGGGAUCUCAGGAAGAGACAUGGAGCCCCACCUCCUCAACAGUGAAGAAGAGGAGGAUGAGCUGGAAGAAGAGGAGGUGGAGAAGGAUGAGAACAACGGAGAUGAUGAAGAAGACUUCCCUGACCAGCCUCAUACCUCUCCCUUCAGCUCGGGGAAUGAAGCACAGGGAGGGGACUCUGCGGGAUGGCAGUGCACCCCCCCAUCUACCUCAGCCUCGGGGGAGACGCCGUCCCACCCCUCAACACAGCCCCACUCUCGACCGUCCUCACGGCCUGAGAACCAAAUCCCCUCGCAGUCCCUGAGUGGAACCAAGAAGAGGUCCCACUCCAACAAACCUGCACACAUGAGGAGGAACAUCAGAAAGCUACUGAGGGAGCAGCAGUUGGAGGCGGUGACCAAAGCUGCCCAGCAGGAGGAGCUGGAGAGGCGGCAGAGGCUGGAACAACAGAGGAAGGAAGGGCACGUCCCUGUGGUCCUGCUACCUGAGUACACACCAGGACAUCUGUCUCAGAGUGUGUCUGCUAGCGUGGCCAAAAAGGAUCGUGUGAUCUGCCUGGACACCAGUAACAGCAGCACUACAGUCAGAGAAGACGACUCCAAAGCUCUGGUCCCAGAAUCACACGCCCCCAAAGAAGACGUGAUCGAGCUAAGCUCAGGCGAGGACGACGCCCUACAGAUCAGCAGCGAGUCCACCAAUGAGGAGGAGGAGCGGUCGGAGGAGGCCAGCGGCGCCCACGUCAACGAUGCUGUGAACCAACCGGACGCCCUGGGGCGUGUCUUGGUCAACCUGAACCACCCUGCUGAGGAGGUAGACCUGUUCCUCUCCCCUCAACUGGCCCGUGCCGUCAAACCUCACCAGAUCGGUGGGGUCCGGUUCCUGUAUGAUAACCUGGUGGAGUCUCUGGAGAGGUCUAAGCGCAGCAGUGGCUUCGGCUGUAUCCUUGCCCACAGCAUGGGCCUGGGCAAGACAUUGCAGGUCAUCUCUUUUAUAGACAUCCUGCUUAAACACACGCAGGCCCACACCGUGCUCGCCAUCGUUCCUGUCAACACGUUACAGAACUGGCUGGCUGAGUUUAACCUCUGGGUCCCUUCCUCUGAGGCAUUACCCGCAGACAUCAAUCCCGCACACUUCUCCCCGCGCAUCUUCAAGGUCCACAUCCUGAAUGACGAGCACAAAACCACGGCCAGCAGAGCGAAGGUGAUCUCUGACUGGUCGCUGGAUGGCGGCGUGCUCCUGAUGGGGUAUGAGAUGUACCGCCUGUUGUCCCUGAAGAAGAGCUUUGUGGCGGGCAGGAAAAAGAAGUCCAAGAAGCUCCAAGGACCAGUGGUCAUUGACCUGGACGAAGAGAACCUGCAGCAGGAGCUCCUCAAAGACAUAGAGAAGGCCCUGUCUCGCCCAGGCCCGGACGUGGUGAUCUGUGACGAGGGCCACCGCAUUAAGAACUGCCACGCCAGCACCUCGCAGGCCCUGAAGAACAUCCGUACCCGGAGACGUGUGGUCCUCACGGGAUACCCCCUCCAAAACAACCUGAUAGAGUACUGGUGCAUGGUGGACUUUGUCAGGCCUGAUUUCCUGGGCACCAGGCAGGAAUUCAGUAACAUGUUUGAGAGGCCCAUUCUGAACGGGCAGUGCGUGGACAGUACGCCUCAGGAUGUCCGGUUGAUGAGAUACCGAAGUCAUGUCCUCCAUAGCCUGCUGGAGGGCUUCGUCCAGAGGCGUGGCCAUAACGUGCUGAGAGACCAGCUCCCCUCCAAGGACGAGCAUGUGAUCAUGGUGCGCCUGUCGCCCCUGCAGAGGGCCCUCUACACAGAGUUUAUGAACCGCUUCAGAGAGGCAGGCAACAGCGGCUGGCUCAGCCUCAACCCACUCAGGGCCUUCUGCGUGUGCUGCAAGAUCUGGAACCACCCAGACGUGCUGUACGAGGCGCUGCAGAAGGAGAAUCUGGCCAAUGAGCAGGACCUGGACCUGGAUGACAUCACCAACGGCCACGCCCGCUGCCCAGCCCCCUACCAGAAGGGCAAGACCCCGGAGGACCCCAACAGCAUCGGAGGGCUGAGUCUCAACGCUCUGCAGGAGAAGGCCAACCAGGUCAUCACCUACGAAUGGGCGAAGGACAUCAUGUCUGACUAUAAACCCGGGCUCUUGGAGAACUCUGCUAAGAUGGUCCUGCUGUUCCACCUGAUCGACGAGAGUGUGAGGAAGGGAGACAAGAUCCUGGUGUUCAGUCAGAGUUUGUCCACACUGUCAGUCAUCGAGGAGUUCCUGGCCAAGAGGCCCAUACUGGCGGGCAGCGCCAGAGAGGGCUAUAAUCAAAACUGGGUCCGCAACCACAACUACUACAGACUGGAUGGGAGCACAUCUGCUUCAGAGAGGGAGAGGCUCAUCAACCAGUUCAACGACCCAUCCAACACCACCGCCUUGAUCUUUCUGCUGUCCACCAGGGCUGGUUGUCUGGGGGUGAACCUGAUCGGGGCUAACCGUGUGGUGGUGUUCGAUGCCUCCUGGAACCCCUGUCACGACGCCCAGGCCGUAUGUCGGGUGUACCGCUACGGCCAGAAGAAACCCUGCCAUAUCUACCGCCUCGUCUGUGACUUCACCUUGGAGAAGAAAAUCUACGACCGACAGAUCUCCAAGCAGGGCAUGUCCGACCGAGUGGUGGAUGACCUGAACCCGGUGCUGUCGUUCACGCGAAGGGAGGUGGAGUCUCUGCUGCACUUCGUGGAAGAGGAGCCUGACGUGUCACAGGUGCAACUACAGCCCCACCAAGAGAUAGAGGCGGGCAUCAGACAGGCCUGCCAGCUCUACCCUCACCUUGUCACCAAGCAACCCUUUCACCACGAGUCUCUCCUGAUGGAGCGACAGGAGAUGAAACUCACCAAAGCGGAGAAGAAGGCCGCCAAGAAGAGCUACGAGGAUGAGAAGCGUGCGUCGGUGCCCUACACGCGCCCCUCUUAUGCCCACUAUUACCCCGCCAGCGACCAGAGCCUCACAAAUAUCCCUGCCUUCAGCCAGCGCAACUGGCGCCCACCCCCCCGACAAGAUGAGAAGCCGGUGGCCAGUGUCCGCACAGUUCAGUCGACUCCAAUUCCCACGAUGCCUCGCCAAGCGUCUCACAGCUCUGCCCCCACAGCAGACACAGAGUCCAGCUCGGGCUUUCCCGUCAACUACCUGCAAAAGGCGGGCGUAUUUGUCCAGAAGAUCGUCACCAGCACAGAUAUCGUGAUACCUGAAACCAACAGUUCAACUGAUGUUAAGGCCAGAAUCAGUGCAGGAGAGAGCAUCCACGUCAUCAGAGGAACGAAAGGGACCUACAUCAGGACUUGUGAUGGGAGGAUAUUUGCCAUCCGCACUGCAAGCAAGCCCAAGGCAGGGGAAGAGAACUCAGCUGCUGCACCCAAAGACACCCAGAAAGUAUCGGAGGAGGCCUCCGUCAACGGCUGUGUGACUCGCCUGCUCUCCCCCGACAGCCCCCUGAGUGAACUCCAGAGAUACGAGGCUGCAACCAAGGCCCAGCAUCAGCAGGGCUCCAAGGCUUCGUCUGCAGGUGCAGCGGCUCCACAGGAGAAGGCGCUGGCAGAGAUCAACAAUGGCAGCAGCAUGACUAGCCAUGCCAAGCCCUGGAGCAAUGCCUCCGCCCUGGCCAAGCCCAGCACAGAUGCCAUUGCUGCCCUUGACCUGAGGGGCACCAAGCGCAAGGCUUCCACCCCAUCCAAUGUCGAAUGGGCCAUCAAAAAGCAGCCGGCCCCCAGCAAGCGCACCUCGGCCCAGUUGCCCCCCCAGGCUUUUCCCUUCGCGGCGGGCUAUGACCUCCCACCCAUGGGCCUCAACCCAGCCAUGCUGGGCUCCAUGGGGCACCCCAUAUUCAUGGGGGCCGGCUUGCCCUACUUCCAGUCCCACAGCCAGCAGGGUGACCACCGUCUCAUGUUCCCCGUGACUCCCGACCCCUUCGGCUUGGGGGGCGGCACCCUACCUAGAUCCUCCUCCACCAUCACCUCCUCGGCUGCCCCUGACUCAGGCUCCCUAGCACCCUUCAUGCUGGGUGCUGGUAUGGCUGGUAUGCUGCCCCCAGGUUUCCCCAUGUCCUACGGCCAGUCCCUGUGCAUGUAUCCUAACUUGCUGCACCCCGGGGCGCUACCGGCCGCCACCCCAGGCCCCGCUGACUCCAGUUUCUUCUCCCACUUCCCCUCCUCCUAUGGCCUGAUAGGGGCAGGGCUGGGUCGCUCUGAUGCCCACGGCUCGGCAGAGAACGCCGGUGGAAGCAGCUCAGACAGCAACAACGACGAUGAAGAUGAUGAUGAUGAUGUCAUUGAGGUGAUGGGACAAUGAGAGCCUCCAACCGUAGGAAAGAGGCAUGUGGUUUGCAGGGGACAGUUAGUGGAGUUGCUGGGGCUAGGAAAAGCUGAAGAGAAAGGGAAGGGACAACCAAGCCCACCUCCUCCACUAGACCCAUUCCCCAUCCUAAAUGCAACAUGCACACCUUUCAGAAAACAAGUGGUCCCAAGCAGCAAUCCCCCAGCACUGUGAAAACAAGAAUCUGUGUUGGAAUAUAACAGACUGGACAAAGUACCAAAUCCUUAUGCUGAAUAUCUUAUUUAAACAUUUAAAAAAAGGCUAAUCUAAACUUAUGUGAUGAAGAAAAAUGAACUUGGGGCUUCCAAAAUGUUGUCCUGUACUGGCUUUUGCAAAUCACUGAAGCAAGAGACUGCUGGGUUUGGACCUGCAAAUCACUUCUUUGUCUUCUAUUAAAAAAAAAAAAUCCCAGCGGUUGAUGACAGACUAGGUUAAUAACUAACUGACAAUUUUAUAUACGUAGUUGGUAGUAAUUAUUGUAUGGCGCAAAAUAUCAGUUACAUGAUAUUGUUCUUCAUUGUCAUUAUAUGCUACUGAAUAUUAUUUUAUAUAGUAGUCGUGCUCUAAACAUGUCACAACUGUUUUCAAAAUCGAUUUGAUUUACCCUUGAAUUUACUGCGUUUCGUUUUUCAGAAAAUUGACUACUUGAGACUCAAUUCAAAGAAACAAUGAGGCUCUUUGUUGGGUGAAAAAUUAAGUCAAAAACCUUAAACUCAAAGAAUGUACGCUUAUUUACGACUUUAAUGCAGACCUUGGGGACAGACCUUGGGGACAGACCUUGCCUGCCCCUUGGGGACAGGCAUCACACUUGUGGUGAUCUGAUUUUGAUUUUUGAUAUGUCAUCUAUAUUUUUCAAAUGUACACAUCGUCUACAGGCGACGAUGUAAAAACUGUGAUCUUGCUAAACUCCAACUGUCCGAAGGGAGCUGAAUUGAAAAUGCCUUGCCUCUGUCUCUCUGAAUGUCACCUAGUGGGAGUAGAGAAACAGCGAGACGGGCAAUCCUAGGACCUGGAUCUCACCCAUAGUCUUACUGUAGCUUUGCUAAGUGAUGCAAAUAUAACCCAUGAACCCUCUGGUGGUCAGGUGGGUCACCUGUCUACUUCUCUGUCUGUUUCUGCAUUGUGUAAGGGUUCUAGAGUAGAGAACUUCUGUCAUAAUGACUCGUUCUGCCUUGUGGAUAGCAUGAACACUCGUUUUCAGUUCCUUUUUCUCAUCUUUGGCGUAUGUGAUUUCAACGGAAAAACAAACAGGUUUCAAGAGACCAUUGUCAAACCAAAAUCAUUUGAGAGGAGUCAAAAAUAGCUGUGCCAAAAAAAGUACAACAAUGAUCCUCUCCAGAGAGGUCAUUCUCUGAAGCAACCAAACGUCACCGUCAACUGCUAUUGGCCUAGAGAAGAGGGCUUCUUUCCCUAAUUUGGUCACAGUUUUGUCAUUAUAGACUUUGUGAGCUCAUUGUAAAGAUGAUGCUGGCUUAAGACUUCACUGUGUAACAGAGUACCGGGACAUUGAUUUAGAGAUGGGGGAGGUCUGUGACCUGGUUCUGUAUAAUAAACAACAGAACUUUUCAUUUCUGUUACUGCUGACUGUUAUUUACCCCCCUCAUUACAUACAUUGGCCACCUACUGUCUCAUGCCGCAUUUACGUGCUAGUCAGAACUAGGAAGCUCGGGAAUGUCCAACUUGCUAACUGGUUGAACGCGGCAUGUGUAUAACUACAACCAAUUAGCAAGUCGGGGAAAUGUCUGACUUUCCAACUAGCAUGUGAACGCGGCAACUACCCAACACUUUGGGAAGAGGGAAGCCCAGCCCACCACCUCCACCAAGUCCCUAGCCUUGAGUCUCUUCAGCAAGAGCUUUAAACUCCAGUUAUUGAGUUUAUUAUCAGACCCUUACAUCAUCAGACUUGUUCAUCUUUUCAUACCAUACUUAACGUGUUAAUUGACCUGUUAUUUUUAUUUUUUUAUGUACCACUUUUAUUUAUUACAGUGCAUAUUUAUUAAUUCCUUUUUUUGUUCUGUUUUUGUAAGGGAAAUGUUUUCUGUUCGUUUACUAGAACACGUUGAUUCUUGUUACAUGACUUGAGAAAUGCUAUAUAUACGUCUGAAUAGACAUCUGACCCAUAAGUGUGUGAAUUUCAGGACCAACCAGUCAAGGUGGUCGAACCACUCAUUAGCAGAUAGAAAAUGUAACCCAGGGCUUUUGUUUCGUUUUUAUUUAUGUUCAUAUCAUCCAGAUGUUCAUGUGAAUCUAUCUAUCCUAAUUGCAAAUGAAAGGUAGUUCUCUCAGUAUUCAUUCAUCUUAAGUUGUUGAACCAACUGUUUUUUUUCCCCAUAGGUUUCUACAUGAAUGUAAGUAUUUAUUUAUAAAUCAAUUCAGUCGGCGACCAACUGACUCUCUUAAUUCCAUUUAUUAAAGUCCAGCUGCUGUCUUGAGGAGAAUGGCUGGAAGAGCCUGUAUGUAGUUAGUGAAUUGACAUGUAACAAUGGAUGGCUUUUAGAUAAAGAAAAUGUAGUUUCUAAAUAAAAUAAAAUCAUGUUUUGAA